AUGAACAGAAUUCGGCACCACAAACUUGUGCUGUUGGGUGAGUCGGGCGUGGGCAAAUCGACUCUCGUGAUUCGCUUCGUGAAGGGCAAGUUCAACGAGUUUCAGGAGAGUACCAUCGGAGCCGCCUUCUUGACGCAGACUGUGGUCGUAGACGACACCACGGUCAAGUUUGAGAUCUGGGACACGGCAGGCCAAGAGCGGUACAACAGCUUGGCACCCAUGUACUACCGCGGUUCGCACGGUGCGAUCGUGGUGUACGACAUCACGAGCAGCACCUCGUUCGAGCGGGCCAAGAUGUGGAUCAACGAGCUGAGGGAACACUUGGGCCGCAAGGCACGUCUAGCCGCCCCAAGCUCUGAAACUCGCACGAUGGAGCUGAGCUCUUAA